ACGUGAUGUCUUACCAAUCGAAACAUAUGAGCUUACAAUAUAAAGUCAUAGUGUUAUAGCUCAUCUCAUGAGAACAAAUUUGAGUGUAUCCGUAUGGCUUCUUUAACCCCGUUAUUAUUAAACCCAAACUCUGGUGGGAAACAAUGGGUGGAUCAAAUCAGCGAAACCUUAAAAACCCAAACUGCAAUCACAAUAGAUACACCUCCAGUUUCCAUAUUUGAAAUUCCCAGACCCCUUAAAGAAGAAAAGCUGGAAGCUUAUGUCCCUCAACGAGUAGGGCUUGGGCCAAUUCACCAUUUCCGACCUGAGCUCUAUCACAAGAUGGAGCAUAUAGUAGAAAAGGUUAAAAAGAUUGUCCCCCUGAUUCGUGAUUGCUAUGAUUUGUACAAUGAUGCUGAUGACAAUAUGCUGGCAUGGUUGUUUACCAUUGAUGGAAUGUUCUUGAUUGAUCGGUUACAUGCUUAUUCAAAUCAAGGGCAUGUGAUGGAAGCAAACGAUUUGAUCAUGUUAGAGAACCAGAUUCCGCUUAUUGUGUUGAAGGAAAUCCAGAAGGCCUUAUUGGGCAAAGAGGCUCAUGCACAAGAAGAUUUCUUGGAAUCCAAGUUCCGGUAUUUCUGUGAUUCCAGCUCCUCAUUCGUCCUCUCCGAAGAGAAUAUUAAUUUUAAUGGAGCUAACCACCUUCUUGAUUAUAUGUAUAAUUCCAUCGUGAACAAUGGAACAUUGAUGCCAAGAAAAGUCUACUUCACAAACCCUGGAAAUGAACUAUCUGAAGAAAACCCUACACAAGAACUACUAGAAGCUGUUACCAGAUUUGCAGGAGUGAUACCUGGGGUUCAACCAUUUUAUCAAAUCAUUGAAUUCGUUAUGCAAAAGUUUGGUGAAUUCUUGGAGGAAAAAACGACGGCUGAAGAGAUUAAGGUGCCUUCAGUUACUGAACUUCGCAAAGUUGCCGGUGUGGAGUUCCGUUUGUCACCUAGAAAUGAAGGCAUCAGAAACAUAAACUUUGUCCAAGGGAAAGUGCGGUAUUGUUAUCUGCCUCUCAUUACACUUGGUAGUGAUUCAGAGGUUGUACUUAGAAACUUGGUAGCUUAUGAGAAACUAAUGGCAAAGAACAGUUUUAUGGGUGGAUAUGGUCUUGAACUCACCGAAUAUGUGGAUUUCAUGAGUGGGAUAAUCGACACGGAGAAGGAUGUGAAGUUGCUACGAGAGCAGAAGAUCAUCGAAGGAGAUUUGAGUGAUGAGGAGAUUGUGAAAAUGUUUAAUGGCAUAGGGAAAUCGCGUCUGAAAAUGAGUGGUGAAUCUGAGUUGAGAAAGACGGUGGCUCAAAUGAACAUGGUUUACGAAAGCACUCCAAGUAUUUGGGUUCAAAAGACUAUUGAGAAGCGAUUUCAGGCUUCGGCCAAGUCUAUCACGUUCUUUAUUACCAUUUCGACCGCACUGAUCUUGAUUUGUGAGGUGUAUUUGAUGGUUAAUGGUUUCAAUUCAUUGCACAUGAUGUUGGCUCGUUUUCUUCGGGCUAGAUUGAGUCGUUUACUCCAUUUCUUCUAUGGUCCAAGGGGACCGAAUGCAAUCAUCUAAACAUUAUCAAUAUAUAAUCAUUGUUGUGUAGUUAUUACCCAUUGCAGUUAUUAUUAACUAAUGUUAUCCUGCUUUGUUAUGCCAGUCCAUGCUUACAAAUUAAAUACAUGCAAACACUCAAUUUUCUGUUGUUGUA